UGACUGUCUUAUGUUAUAUUUAUAAUACUUUGUUAUGUCUAUCAUCCACAACUAUCUAAUCUGAAUAUUUUCAAUUAGGUGAAUAAUAGAAUUCCUGACCACAUGAGUGAUGGAUUUCUACAGAAAUUCAUGCAGAGGUGGCAGUUCAAAAUUGAUAAAUGAUACAGUUUCAUAAUUUCUUUGUAACAUGACAAAUAUUUAGCUAGGUCAGGAAUAAGCAGACCAGGUGAUUGCCAAAUAGCUCAUGGGCACUGUUAUAUACGUGCACAGCAGUAAAGUUUAGAAAUUUGGUAUCUUAGAUGUUCAGAAAUUUGUGACUUAGAAUGUUGGAAACUUGCAAGUUUCCCCAUUACAUGCAUCCUAUUUGCACCUCACGGACUUAAAUGCUCAAGUCAAGUCAAUGCACGGUUUCUUAAUAAAAACCACGAUACUCGAAGAGUUUGCGCAAUUGAAAGAUGCCAGUUGCGUCCACGUUGUUUACAUAGUUGUUGCCAAAGACAGCUGUGUUCAGUGGAUGAAGAUUGCUCACGCGAGGCGGUCUUUGUUGGUCGUGUCUGCAGGUCAGACUGGUGUUCGAUUCUAGUAAAAACAUCAAAUAAUACCCACGCGAAUACACGUGCUCGUUAAAAGAGUGAUCUCGGUUGGCGAGCGCGGAGGACGCGGUACCCUUACAAGAAGUCAGCCGCUCACACACACGUGUGUUCGCGUACACCUUGCAGUCUGGAGGGGUUUAUCAGCAUUCAGUAUUGCUUUGCUGGCACUGUUACACACUUUACUUCACUCUCGUCUGGGUGUAACAUUAGUGUUCACUUAUCUAUCCAGCUAUUCCGUUCAAAAAUCAUGCGAGUUACUAGGCAGCCCAUACACUCGGGAAACGGUUAAUCCUGUAACCGGAAGUCGUUAUAAUUAUCCAGCUAGAUCUUUAUUGUUUCUACGGUGUUUCACUCGAGGAGUUUAUUUAUUCCUCCCAGUAAUUUGUUUCGAUUAUAAUAAUUGUGUUCGACGAGUGACCAGUGAUGAGACAAGUUACGGAUCUAUUGAACUUUUUAAUGUAGUGCUGAAAUAAAUUUUAUAGCACAGGUUGACAAUGCCACCAGAUUUUCGCAGAUAUCUUGGCUACGAUAACGCGCUGAUACCGAUAUCUUGAUUGUAUACGCCAGUUGAGUAUUGUCUCCAGGGAGGUCUCGUGCCGCUUUUAACUUCGCUGUUAUAUUUAUCAUGGAAGCCGACGAGUUGCUGUUGUAUUUCGCCAUAGCAGGCGGCGUGACAGCCGGUGCUCUCGUGUUGCUCUUCAUUUUAGUGUGCAUACUGUUUGUCAAAUUGAAUCGAUUAAGCACAGACGGGUCCAAUCAACUGAAUAGACAAACGAACAUGAUGGCGGACUUUUGUUACACAAAUCCGACGAUCGUGCCAGGGGAACUAUUAUCUCGUCGUGGAUUCUCCAUGUACAGCGGUUCCGAUAACUUUAACGACGAUUUCGGAACGAAGAAAGACUAUUAUGGGACUUAUCACGAGGCACGAUCGAAAUUUUAAUUAUGUUCAUAUUAGUAAGUUAAGAGAAUGUGGUGUAAUUAGAUACGCUUUGUAAAGUGUACCUCGUUUUUGCUGUAAAAGAUAUUUUUUCUAUAUGAUUGAAAAGUAUUUGUACUUUUGCAAAAUCGAGGAUUUUGAACAGUGUGUUGAAAGACACAACGGUGAUUAAUCAGUACUUAAUUUCAUUUAUCUACGAUCGAUGACUCUCAAAGAAGUUGAUAAUGGUACACUCAGUUGCUAGUAGAUGACGCCAUACGCAUUAGUCACUCAGGGAAAUAGAAUUGUAUGUGUUCAUAGUUGUAAGAGUUCAAUGGUUACAAUUUAUUAAUACAGUAUAAAUUAAUUACAAUUGCUAUUAGAAAGAUUGUACGAUAUAUUCGUCUCUUAGAUUAUUUAUUUUCCAUCGCACUGAUUCGAUCCAAAGGUCUCUAUAUGAUAGCAUUUGUUUUGUU